AUGCGCACUGCAAGGCUGCAGUUCUUCGCUCUUUUCUUUGCACAAAUGCAAGUAGGCUGGGAAACCUCGACUGCUGGACCUUUGAUUCCCAGAUUGCAAAUAUUUUACAAUGUCAACUAUACCGUCGUCUCCAUCAUUUUCAUCGUGAUCUGUGUCGGCUUCUUCAUUGGUGCGACCGCAAAUGUAUAUUUAUCCGAGAAAAUCGGAUUCGGAAAAGUACGCUCUCUCGGACAGAUCAUUGCUUACAUACUAAUGAUCCCAGCACCGCCGUUCCCUGUCUUCUGUACUGCGUUCCUGUUUAUCGGCUGGAGUAUAUCUAUCCAGGUUGCCCAAAGUAACAGUUACGUUGCGAGCCUGUCGGAAAACUCGUCCAAGAAGAUGGGCUUCAUGCAUGCAGGAUUCGGUUUGGGGGCUGUCUGUUCCCCGCUAGCUGCCACGCAAUUCGCGAAAAUGCCGAGGCACUGGUCCUUUCACUAUAUCAUUUCGCUUGGAAUUGCGAUGGUAAAUACACUUCUUCUUGUCUUUGUGUUCAAAGGGAAGACCCAAGACGAAUGUUUGUGCGAAUGUGGAGAAGCUCCGAUGAAACAGGCGACCAGCAAGGAAAGCAAAUACAAGCAGUUCCUGAGACUUAAGGUAGUCCAUGUCCUGGCCUUCUUCAGUUUGGUUUAUGUCGGCAUUGAAUUCACUAUCGGAUGGUGGACUGUUUCCUAUAUGCAGAAGGAUCGUGGUGGAGGUCCGUCGUCUGGUUAUGUCUCGACUGGCUUCUUUGGAGGUCUUACGCUUGGACGAGUCUGCCUAUUAUGGGUGAAUGAAAAGGUUGGGGAGCACUUAGUCGUUUACGCGUACAUCCUGCUUUCUCUAGGCCUUGAGUUAGUCGUAUGGCUUGUGCGGGACCUAGUCGCUGAUGCAGUGGCGAUUUCUUUUGUCGGAUUUUUCCUUGGUCCAAUGUACCCUAUCAUGAUGAAUGAGACGGGUCGUUUGGUACCACAGUGGCUGCUCAACGGGUCAAUCGGCUGGGUUGCAUCUUUUGGCUAUGCAGGUUCCGCGCUUUUCCCAUUCAUCACAGGUGCACUUGCUCAGAGGUUCGGGAUCGGGAGCUUGCAGCCCCUCCUUGUCAUCCUUUACGGCGUAUCUUUCGCUCUGUGGCUAUUAAUACCAGGCGGGAAUAAGCGAGCAAUGUCGCCGGGGGGUGAUGUAAAAGAGAUGGGAUCAUGCACGUCACGUCUCGACCGUCAAAAUGGUACCAUCGGUACAUGACCCCGGUGAUAUCUUCUCUCGUUUCUACUGUAAAAAAGCUGUAUAUUCAAGAUAACCCACACACCUUGCAACUGUGCCACAUGUCCAAAGUUUAAUGAUU